AUGAGUAAAGAAGUAUAUGACGCGGGAUAUGGCAUAACAAAAUUAGCACCAAAAAUUGAUAAUUAUGGAACUAAAAAGGGAUAUGAUAAUCAAGAUGUUAUCGAUUUUUCAACUAUGGAACCAGGUGAUGUUAGUGCUAAAUAUCUAAAUUUAGGUGGUACAGAUCUUGCUAGUGAUAAAUAUCAAUUAAAAUACAAUAAAGAACAUUUAGACCCAAAAGCUUUUCGUGUUUACUGUGCCAAUAAUAAUUUAACUCCUUAUAAGUAUGAUUUAGAUGGAGAUCAAAUAGAUGAUUAUGUUGGAGUAGACAAUACAAAUCAUAUUAAAGCUUUUAAUGAAUUUUAUGUUUCAAAACCAGGUAAUUCACAAAGACCAUAUCAAAAGAAAUAUUAUGACCAAUACAAUUAA